GGGUUUGCCUUUCAUUUUUUGUCUUUUCGUCGUUGCAGUUCGGCUUCGUUACUCGAGAUUGCUCGCGUCGCUUCUUAGGCUCUGUUCGACUUUGCUCCUUCGACGACUUUCCCUUCCUGUCCGAUCGGAAGUUAUAACAUUUUGAUCGGAAGCAACAACGGGAGCUCGCUGGCUGUUAAGUUAGGCAGAAAUGUCCGCAUAUGAGAAUGUUGUUGUUGGGAAGUUAAAGCUGAAGGGAAAAGCCUUGGACGUCAAGUCUGGUGGCGUAAAGAAGAAAAAGAAGCAAAAACAUCACUAUGACAAUGAGUCUCAUAAUGGAGGCAAUGAGAACCCAUCAGGAGGGAGUUCUGGACAGUCUACAGAGCCAUCAGAAGAGUUGAUCGAAGCUAACAAAAUGGGUGAAGAAAAUACACAGCAGGCUUAUGAUGAUCAACUCACACCAGCAGAGAGGCGCUACAUUGAACAGAGAGGAAAGAUUGACCAGUAUCUCAUGGCUAAGACUGCAAAUAAGUCUCACCGGGACAGGAUCCAAGGCUUCAACCAAUACCUGGCCAAUCUAAGUGAGCAUUAUGAUAUCCCCAAGGUAGGCCCUGGUUAGAUUGCCCCUUUAGGCUUCGUUUGGGACAGCUUUUUCACUUCUUAACGCGACUUUUUAAUACAAAAAAACUGAUUUAAGAAGCAUUAAAAAACUCGUCACAAACGAAGCCUUAAAGUCUGAAGCAAUUCCUUCCUCAAAGUUCUGUGAGGAAAAUGCUUAAAUGUACCAAUUGUUUGAUUUCUGAAGAUCAGCACUGAUUGUAUUGUAUUUACUAUAAGAUUUUUGGAAAUUUGUAUGAUUCGAAUGUUAUGGAUUGUUUAUGGACACUUUCAACUGAGAAGGGAUUGUUUGCUUGCUUAC